GUCUCUGUAUCGUGUGUUAGGGAAGUGCACUGUUUCCUGCUGUUUUCACUGGCUUCCUCCCAUUGGUGUGUGCUUGGGAUUGUACACUUGGUACUGGAAAGCCACCCACUUCUUAACCAGUGAUCCCGUUAAGUUCAGUUUCAUUUGUUUUUUUUAACGAAACAACGCCAUCAGAUUUGAAUGAAAGUACCCAACACUUAAAGCCAUCUGAAGCUGCCUCCUUGGAGAGACCUGUUCACACUUCUGCGAGUGUAUUCAACAUGUAGAAAUAAUUUACAUCAAACAACACUCCACCGCUCUUCCCCACUGGAUCAAACCUGUCAACAAUGCAGGCUGAUCAUCAGGUAACCAGCAGCACCUCUCUACAGAUCCCUCCGAAGCCUGAGACUGCCCAGCCCAUGCUGGCCCAGGCCAUUAUCAACCCUAAACGAGGCAUGGAGGGACCCCUCCAGACACAACAGCCUCCCAGGACCUGCAGCUCAGGCGGACCUGCUGGGAAAUCCUGCUGGGGCUUGGAUGCAAGGGUGGCCAUGCUUCUGGUGACUUUGGCUGGAGCUGUAAUCCUGCUGCUGCUGUACAAGCUCUUACAGCUGAGACACAGGCUGAGGUUGGCCAGGGCGAGGCAUGCACUGGAGUACUACAGCUUCUACCACACUGCCACCUACACACUCAAACACGCAGGGUCCUGUCAGGACCUUCCAGCCAAGAACGGUAUGAUCCCUGAAGCAGCAUCGCCUGUCCAAACUGUGACCCUGAUGACACCCACUGUCACAACACUUCCAGCCCCGCCAGUGCCUUCUCCACCCCCACUGCCGCUCCCCCCACCUCCUGUCCUCCCUCCACCACUACUCCACACUUCACCAUCUCUCACUCCAACUCCUUCUGUCCUGGCCUUCCCUCUCUCACUGCCUGUGAUCCACACCACCCCGCCCAGCCCUCACCUGUCGUGGGGGGCCUGCUCAGACGCAGAUGUGUACUCUCGGAUCGGAGCUUUCAGGCCCUCCAGGCUCUCCAGCCUCUCCAACCACUCGAAAGUCAUCCUCUUUGAACACUCCUCUCUCUGACCUCUGAUGUAGACCAUGACUGGAGAUGUCAACAUGUGAGAAGACUGUAGUGAAUACAAACAACACAUUAGUUUGAUGAACUAAAAAAUCAUCUGAGGAUGAUUAAGUGUUUGCUUCAACGCAUUAUUUGAAGUUUGUAGCAAAACAAUCUUAACUGUUUGCUCAUCCUUCAGAGCCUCACAAUCUACCAGGAUCCUCUUCAGAGUUCUAUUUUUCUGAAUGUUUUCAAUAGUAACUUUGUCUUUUGGGUUUGCAAUUUUUACAUAAACUGUAAAUAUGACGAAGUUGAGAAAGCAUCAUGAAUAUUUAGAUAACAGACAAUUUAAAGUCCCCCUCCAGACAUGUUUCAAAGUACGUAAAAAAAAAACCCAACUAUGAUUAUAAUUUUGUUCAACUUGGUUACCCACAUACAAAAGAAAGAAGAUAAAUUCUGAAUCCACCCUUUACCCCACCCACCACCGCUGCUCACAUGCCAGGUUAACCGGUGAAAGGACAAUGGAAGUUGGCCAUAGUGGUCUCCAGACUGUGCCAGUAAUGUUGGUCUGGUAAUGGUAAUCUGGUCUAUUUUUUCUCCAUUAGAGAAACAUGAGUGGGCUUCAAGACUGUGCACCCAAAUCGGUGACUAGCAGACAAAUCAGAAUGAGAAAUGCAGUUAGCAUCUUUAUGUUGAUUGUUAGCUUGAAGAGAUUUCAAACAGUGGCAGCAGUGGCUGACACAGCCCAUGUGGUUGUGUAGGAGGCUUCAGGGUUUUUUUAUGCACCUAGUUUCACUUUUGCUUAUUUGGUUCUCAAAUUUUAGGAAAGACCCAUUCAUCCCUUGUUAUUCAUUAUACUUCUACCUUCCUGCUGGGCUUGUACACUCCAUUGACAAAUUACUACUGCACCGCCUAAAAAUACAAGUUAAUUUGGGAGGUGAUAAGCUGCAUACAAUGACGUAUGGGGACAUUUUUUGGGGGAUGACAGUCUCUCCGACAGUUAUCGGUUAAUGUCACAGUCAGGCUACCUGGUUCCCCCUGUUUUCAGUCUUUGUGCUAAACUUAGCUAAGCUGAGCACGUAUCCCUCUAAGAUCUUCUCAUCAAAUUCUCCAACAAUGAAUGAAAAUGUGUAUUUCCCAAAAUGUCAAACUUUUUGCUUCAAGUUAAAGACUGAAAUGAAUAGAAGCCUUGAGAUAGCUCUUAAUGUAAGAGUGAGACAGUUUGACAAAGCAUGCAGUUACAAUGAGUUUGUGAUAAAAGAUGAAAUGAUUUAUUAGGUUGGUUAUGGGAUUAAUUUCCUUGCAUACAUUAUGGUGUAAACUCUGUAAGUUUACCUGUAUAGCACAACUGAAAAACACAAGUAAACAGGACAUUCUCUCUUUCUAAUGCAUUGCAAACAAAUAUACUAAGUCCU